UACCUCACAAACAAUGUUUACGACAAUCUGGUCGCUGUUGCCUGUAUCAAUUUUGUCUCGGCGAUCACCGUCUCCUUAUCCAACGCGCUAAUCGUCGCAGUCAUAGCGUUUAAACCGCAGUUAAGAACAUGUUACAACAUCCUCUUGGCAAAUUUGGCGUGGUCUGAUUUACUGGUCGGCCUGCUCGUUCAACCCUUGUUCGUGACGUCAGAAAUUAGGCAUGUUCUUAAUCUCGGUCCAUUUUGUAAGUUCGAUACCAUAUCAAGGAUAGGAGGCAUUUGGAUCUUCAUGGCAUCAUUUGGCCAAAUCGUUUUAAUCAGCAUGGAACGCUAUAUUUUUAUCAAGCUUCCUCUGAGAUACGAAGAAAUCGUCACAAAAAGGAGAGUAACUGCAGGUGUAAUAACGGCCUGGGCUGUUCCAACAGUCCUAGUAACUACAAUGAUCACCCUGGUCUCCACAACUGGCGAGUCAGAUAUGUACUCGACGCUGCUGACUGCCUCUGACCUGCUACUGAGUUUUAUCUUUCUUGUAUACAUUACUGUUAUUAUAUGUGUCAACAUAUCUAUCUUCUUGCAAGCUCGAAACCACAGGCGCCGCCUACGCUGUGAGCAGUUACCCGACGAAGAAGCCCAACGACUUUGUAGGAGCAACAAGGCAGCCAAAACCCUGAGAAUCAUUUUAGCAGCUCUGAUGUUUUCAUAUCUGCCUGUAACCGUGUUUUUUUGUUCCGCUUCGUUUUUAGAUGACUUAGCAGAGCCUCGCGUUUUGUACGUUGUUUCAUCAUGGUGCUUCACUUUCCUUUCGCUAGGCUCACUAUUCAACCCGCUGAUUUACUGCUGGCGA